AUGUCAACCAAGCAGCCAUCUGAACAGUUCACCACAGUCAGUCCUCGUUGCUUUUUGUGCUAAAGUUGACAGCUGACUGCUCUUCUUCAUUAAAAUGGACAGUGCCUUUGAUAACCUAGAUGCAGCUGGUUUCCUGGAAAUCUGGCAACACUUUGACGCAGAUGAUAAUGGCUACAUUGAGGGCAAAGAGCUUGAUGACUUUUUCCGUCAUAUGAUGAAGAGACUCGGUCCGCAGGAGAAAGUGACUGAAGAGAGAGUCCAGAGACUGAAGCAAAGGUUUAUGUCUGCCUACGAUGUCACUGCUGAUGGAAAACUACAGAUUCAGGAGUUGGCCAAUAUGAUCCUCCCUGAAGAUGAGAACUUCCUGUUAAUUUUUCGCAGAGAAGCUCCUCUGGACAACAGUGUUGACUUCAUGAAGAUAUGGAGGAAGUACGAUGUCGACUGCAGUGGUUACAUUUCGGCUCAGGAGCUCAAGGCUUUCCUGAAAGAUCUGUUCCAACAGCAUCACAGGGAGGUGUCUUCUGACAAGCUGGAGGAGUACACAGACACAAUGAUGAAAAUCUUUGACAAAAACAAGGAUGGCUGCCUGGAUUUGAACGACUUGGCCAGGAUCUUGGCGUUAGAAGAGAAUUUCCUGCUCCAGUUCCAGAUGGAUGCCUGCAGCAAAGAGGACAGAAAGAGAGACUUUGACAAGAUCUUUGCCCAUUACGAUGUUAGUAAAACAGGAGCACUGGAGGGUCCUGAGGUGGACGGUUUUGUCAAAGACAUGAUGGGCCUGGUCCGGCCUAACAUCACGGGUCCGGAGCUGGACAAGCUGCGAGCCGUUCUGUUGCGUCACUGUGAUGUCAACAAGGAUGGAAAGAUCCAGAGAAAUGAACUAGCUCUGUGUCUGGGAGUCAAACCUAAGCCUUAGAUAGAGACUUGUAUUUUGAAACACUCAAUCUGUAUUUGCUGUAUAGCAAAUAAUUGUAGACUGUUGUUUUGAUCUGUCGACAUUUUGUCUGAUUGUGGGGUUAUUUAAAGAUAAAUAUUCAUAAACAGUUAUUGAUCGUGCAUAUGAUAUAAGUGCAGUUUCGUGCAGUGUGAUGGAAAAAACAAAAUGAAAUGGCUUGAGAUGAUCGUGUUUGCUGUGCAUGGUGUAGGUCAAGAGAAAAGUAUGCAAUGUGAGUGUUAUUUGCCUACAGUGUCUGCGCUAUAAGGUUUGUUCGAUAUUAAUCAGGUUGUUAGUCUGUGAACACGUUAGUGUAGAUUUCAAAAGUUUUUCUUCUUUUAGUUUAGUGCUGGAGUAUGUUACUGACAUUUGUCCAUCUGCAUGUUUCUCUACCAAAGGAGGCUGUUGUCAUUUUAUUAAAAUGCACGAUUGAGGAAUUAAAAUGAUUGACAAAU